GCUUUUGGCUUCUCAAACAAACGGAGCCUAUGUGGUGCACAGUAAAACGAAUCAUUUUCUCCUCCUCUAGUCUCGUCGCCUCCGCUGCAAAAAAAAAAAAUAUAUAUAUAACGCAUAUUUCUUAAAUUAGAAAAAAAAAGAAGCUAAAAACCAGCCUACUUUCUCCAAAAGAAAUCAAGGCAAAAAAAAAAAAAAAAAAAAUUCCGCAGCCUGGGAUUUUCGGCUUCUUCGCUAUUUUCAUCUACAGAAGUAUUGCUCUGAGCCCUAAUUUCGGCCUAUAAUCAUUAAUUGGCCCGACCAAGUUCUGGGGUUGUGAGGUUUUCAAAGACUGGUUUUGCAGUUUUUCAACAUUGCGAGAGAUAGCUGGUCUUAAUUCUUUAGUGGAAUUUUGAUUUUAUGGUGUUAGAGUUGGCUAAGUGCUAAAACGUAUAAGUGUGAUCUUGUGAUCUUAUGCUGCUGCUGGUGCCUUCAGACCUGCCAGUUGCAAUCCAGUAAUGGUUCUUGCUGGUUCAUUGCAAUUGUCUUAUGGACUUGGACUCUGCAAGAACCAGGAAUGCAAAAAACAAUUUAAGAGUCGAACAGGAAGAUCCAAGUUACAUUUAUGUGGUUCCGCCCUUUCUUCACGUAUUUUGUUUCAGCGACAGGAUUCUUUGAGUAUCCAUUUGUCAAACAUUUUGUACAAGCCUAGACAUGCUUUACCUUACAGACACAAUGGCUUCAAGUGCCAUUCGUUUCUGUCAUCAGGACAGCCACUGGAACUUCCCCGGUUAAUUAAGUCAGCUGCUGUAGCAUUAACCAGGUCCUUUAAUAUUUUACAAUGCAGUCCUCUAUUGCCCAAAUUGGCCAUAGCUUCUGGAAUCACUAUUUUUGCUGUUUGGGGUCUGGUGCCACUUGUGCGUCUGGCCCGAAACCAGAUCCUUCAUAAGAAUGAUAAUAGUUGGAAAAAGAGUAACACAUAUCACAUUGUGAUGUCAUAUGUCCAACCUUUGCUGCUAUGGAUGGCAGCAAUACUCAUUUGCAGGGCAUUGGAUCCAGUUAUUUUACCUACAGAAGCUGGUCAGGUUGUUAAACAAAGGCUUCUGAACUUUGUGAGAGCGUUAUCAACUGUGCUUGCCUUUGCCUAUUGUCUGUCAAGUGUUAUUCAACAAGCACAGAAGUUCUUCAUGGAGACCAAUGACACUAGUGAUACCAGAAAUAUGGGAUUCCAAUUUGCUGGAAAAGCUGUAUACUCUGCUGUCUGGAUUGCUGCAUUUUCAUUAUUUAUGGAAUUGCUGGGUUUCUCCACCCAGAAAUGGGUUACUGCAGGAGGUCUUGGGACAGUAUUGUUGACUCUUGCCGGUCGUGAGAUAUUUACAAAUUUCCUUUCAAGUGCCAUGAUUCAUGCAACUCGGCCUUUUGUUGUCAACGAAUGGAUUCAAACAAAGAUUGAAGGAUAUGAAGUUUCUGGCACUGUUGAGCAUGUGGGAUGGUGGUCACCAACAAUUGUUAGAGGUGAAGAUCGUGAAGCAGUUCAUAUUCCAAACCACAAAUUUACAGUGAAUGUUGUCAGGAAUCUCAGUCAAAAGACUCACUGGCGUAUCAAAACACACCUUGCUAUUAGUCACUUGGACGUCCAUAAGAUAAAUAAUAUUGUUGCCGACAUGCGCAAAGUCUUGGCAAAGAAUCCUCAAGUUGAGCAGCAGAGAUUGCAUAGAAGAGUGUUUCUAGAGAAUAUUAAUCCUGAAAAUCAGGCUCUUCUGGUCUUAGUCUCCUGCUUUGUGAAGACCUCACAUUUUGAAGAGUAUCUAUGUGUCAAGGAAGCUAUACUGUUGGAUCUUCUUAGAGUCAUCAGCCAUCACCGGGCCAGACUUGCCACCCCAAUUCGUACGGUUCAGAAAAUAUAUAGUGAUGCCGACUUAGAGAAUGUGCCGUUUGCAGAUUCGAUAUACAGUCGUGGUGGAGUUUCUAAUCGCCCGUUGUUGCUGAUUGAGCCGCUGUACAAAAUUAAUGGAGAAGAUAAAACAAAAAACCGUAGUGCACGCCCAAAUGGAGAACGAGAUGGAAAGACUACAGCACGGCCAUCAUCUGAUAACAAGAUAGAUGCCAAGGUUGGAGUACCGCCCGCGUUGGACUCCAAGACAAAAGAAACACCACCAUCUGACAACAAAGGAGAUGCCAAGACUGGAGGAACAACAAAUUCUGAUGCCAAAACUGUGGCAGUUUCUACCGCUGAUCCCAAAAUUAGUGACAAGGUAGUGGCUAAAUCUGCCACCAAGACAGAAUCUAAAGUCACGGAAGCUGAUUCUGUAUCUGACAAUGGAGCAAGGGUCUCAUUAUUGGAUACUUCAACUAAAAAGAGUCCAACUAGCAAGCAGCCUAAGAAUGCCAGUUUAGGGAAUCAGAAGAACACUAACAAUUCUACAUCGUCAACAUCAGAAAUUGGUGCCGAGAAACAUGCGGGGUUUUCAACUGCUGCUCAGGUGAAAUUAGAAACUGAAAGAACAGCAGUUCCCAAGCAGCCGAUGUCGAAGCCUGUGCUGGAAGAGAAUAUAGUGCUUGGUGUUGCAUUGGAGGGAUCAAAGAGAACACUUCCUAUUGAGGAGGGCACAAUUUCGCCUCCAGCUCAUGCAGAGGUUACAGAAUUGGCUGCACGCCGGAGUGGACAAGGGUCUCCGACUUCUGAUAAGGAUAACAAAGAAGGCCGAAUCCCGUCUUCUCCAAGUUCAACUUCUGUUGAUUAGUGAGACCGUUUAGAAAGAUUAGCUUUUUUCACACUCUGCUAACUCUCUCGUAUAAGAAACUCCUAGCGAAGGUUUCCUUUUCUCGCUGCAACAUGUACACUGUACAUUGUCACACCAUACUUCUCAUUUCUGAUGAUUUUCUGUCUGUCUUUUGCGUUUGUUGGUCUGCUUCAUUGACCAACAGACAACAUGUGAAACGGAAAUGUAAACUUUUUGCCAGAUUUGAGUGGAGGUAAUUUUUAAAAAUUUGAUGACUA